AUGGAGAGGAAUGAGAAAAAAACUAAUUCCAUAGAAGCUUCUGUAAAGCAAUUGGAGAUUCAAAUUGGGCAAAUUGCUGAAGCAGUACAAGAAAAUAAGAAAGAAAAAUUGCCAAGUCAACCUGAGCAAGCUAAAGCAAUCAUUAUUCUUAAGAAUGGUGAAUUAUUUGAUAAUAAUGUUGAAAAUCUAAUUGAAAAAGAUUCUUCUUAUAAAAAGAAGGAAGAAGAGCCUAAUCUUGGGCAGAAAGAGAAAGACAAUGAGGCAUUUUCAGGACCUGAGUUUCAUAAGGCAGCUGAACCUUAUAAGCCUCCUAUUAUGUUCCCGAACAGAUUGAAAGAAAGCAAACAGGAUAAGCAAUUUUCUGAAAUUUUUGAUAUGCUUUCUAAAGUUAACAUUAAUUUGCCUUUGUUGGAUGUGAUUAGGAAUAUGCCAGCUUAUGCUAAGUUCUUUAAGGAACUCAAUUCCAACAAGAGGAGAUAUGGGAACAAUGAAAAAGUUAUGGUGUCUGAAACAGCGAGUGCAGUUCUCCAACAACAGUUACCUCCUAAGAUGAAAGACCCUGAGAGCUUUACCGUUGAUAUUACAAUGGGGGACAAAAAAGUUGCUAAAGCCAUGUUGGAUUUGGGAGCAAGCAUCAAUUUGAUACCAUAUUCAACAUAUGCACAACUUGGCUUAGGAGAAUUAAAGCCAACCACCAUGUCUCUGCAACUAGCUGAUACGUCAAUUAAAUAUCCAAGAGGCAUAGUAGAAGACUUGCUGAUUCAGGUAGGAAAACUGAUAAUCCCUGUUGACUUUAUGGUUCUAGACAUGGAAGGAACAUCAACAAGGGAUAAGGAGUAA